AUGGGACUCACCUGUCUCGAGAUAGUGAGUUGGAGGUUCUCGACGAAAGGUGUGAAACAGUUUUACAGCAUCUUCAGUAAUAUCAGUGCCACAUUGCGCAGGUAUAUAACAGAUAUGUCCAGCCUCGACAAUUCAGGCCCGGCGACCUCGUCCUUCAGGCAGCCAUGCAUAACAUGCGCGGCCUUUCAGGUAUGUUGGGAGAAAUUUGCAAAUUACUUUGAGGUGGAACUGAAGGAAGUGAAGCUGAGGGAAGGUUACUAUGUGAUGGACCCUGUAAAAGCUGUGGAAUUGGUGGAUGAAAACACCAUCUGUGUUGCUGCUAUCUUGGGUUCAACCCUCAACGGAGAAUUUGAAGAUGUCAAGCUUUUGAAUGAUCUUUUGGUAGAAAAGAACAAGCAAACUGGAUGGGAUACACCAAUCCAUGUUGAUGCAGCCAGUGGUGGAUUCAUUGCUCCAUUUAUUUAUCCAGAGCUUGAAUGGGAUUUCCGUCUUCCACUAGUGAAGAGUAUUAAUGUGAGCGGUCACAAGUAUGGGCUUGUAUAUGCUGGUAUUGGUUGGGUUAUUUGGAGGACCAAAGAGGACUUGCCAGAAGAACUUAUCUUCAAGAUUAACUACCUCGGAGCUGAACAACCCACCUUCACCCUCAAUUUCUCUAAAGGUUCUAGUCAAGUUAUUGCUCAAUAUUACCAAUUAAUCCGCUUGGGUUUUGAGGGUUACCAAAAUGUGAUGGAGAACUGUCGUGAUAAUGCAAUAGUCCUAAAAAAAGGAUUGGAGGAGACCGGGCGCUUCAACAUUGUUUCAAAGGACAUGGGGGUUCCUUUGGUGGCUUUCUCUCUCAAGGACAACAGCCGUCACGAUGAGUUUGAGGUUUCACACAUGCUGCGUAGGUUCGGUUGGAUAGUGCCGGCCUACACCAUGCCUGCGGAUGCACAACAUAUCACAGUCCUCCGUGUUGUGGUAAGGGAAGACUUCUCGCACACCCUGGCAGAGCGCCUUGUCAUUGACAUCACUAAGGUCCUCCAUGAGCUAGAUUCCAUGCCUGCAAGACUAAUAACUUGUGCCAAGGUUUCUGUCCCCGACACUACUACUGCUACUCCUCAAUUGAAAGUGAAAAGUAAUGGCAUCCUCAAGAAGAAGAAGAUUGUGGUGGAUAGGAAAACCAAGGUUAUUUGCUAGAAGAUACAAAAACAAAUACUCAUAAAUGUUGUUGUUAUGACACUAUUGGACAUGUGAUAACACUUUUUUAAUUAUUUUUAUUGUGGAAGAAUUUAAGCAUACUGUUAUUUCUACUUUUUUUUUUUUUUUUUUCAAUAAAUAAAAGAGAAUCUAUUCAUCUAAUUGAUGAAAGGAACAUUCUUCUUCUUGAUCAUGAGAACAUUUUUUUUGGGGUUGAAAUUAAGUCCAUUCGUGUUGCAGGGAAUCAUGGGCUGAGUCUUGACUUUUGUUUUUCGAUUCACACAAUUGAAAAUCGAUCAGAAUUGCCUGUCAAAUUAAGCUCUUUCGUGUCUUGUUUGUUCCUCCUACUUGAUCUCCCACCAACAUUACCCGAAAAGGGGUUGAGAGAC